GUACAACCUUGAGCCCAAUCUCAAUUUUUCCGUUAUACUCAGCCCAAUAUGCAGUUUCACGCGAAAACGCGCGCAUUUCAAAUUCUGAAAUUCAGAUUUGGAAAAUUUAGAGAUCGCUCUUUCACUCUGCUACAAUCCUUUUCUUCUCUCACAACUUGGAGACUCCAACAAUCAGAAAACCUAACCGGCUUAACCAAUGUCAGCUCAAAAAGGAAGCAUGGACAGUGGAGCUUCAAGGAAACGUAUGAAACCUGGGGUACAGGAAAAGAUUGGAGAUGAAGCAGAAUCGCAGAUUGUACUUGUACAGGAGGAAGGAUUUGAGACUAACCAAGUUGGGUCUGAAGAAAUGGAGCUGAAUAUUUCUCUUGUUCUUGAGAAGAUUGAGAAUUUUACUCAGAGGGUAUCUGAGCUUUUGGAAUCAGGGAAAACAAUGCUUAAGGAGCUAUGCAAUGAAUUUGAAGAGAAACUGAUUAUGAUUCACAAGGAGCAGGUUGAAAAAUGGCAGGAAGAAAUCAAAGAACUCCGAGCACUCGAUGCCUCAAAUGAGGAAGCCAAUGCUCUUCUGCAAAAUGCUCGAUAUGUACUUCAGCUCACUCGUAAUGAUUAGUCAAUGUAGUUGCCUCGUGUCAUGUCUAGGUAUAUGCAUAAUCUCUCAC